AUGGCCUUUAUCAUAAUGCCCAGCAAGUCAUGGGUGAGAACUUCACCACUUUCAAUAUUCGGUUUCUUCAAUCUCUCCGCCAACGGAGACGAGCCCGAUCACCGGUUUGGUAUCGAGUUCGACUCCUUGGAAACCCCGUUGUUCGAAGACAUCGACGACAAUCACAUUGGGGUGGAUUUCGAUGGCAUUAAGUCUGCUUGGAUCGACUAUGAGAAUAAACAACAGCAAUUGAAUGUUACAAUGGUAGAAGCUGCUACAGAAUCCAAUGUUAAAGACCACUGUGUCCUCGCUUGGAGCUUCAGCAGAAAUGGAUUCGUGCCUGAGCUCGAUAAAUCUCAGCAUCCUUGUCUUACUAUGCGCAUGAAUUUCAACAUCCGAUUUAUAGCUGCUACUAAUACAACUCUGGAAGUCGCUGUAAAAUCCAUCUUUAGACAGAGCAUUGAAGCUCUCAAGGAAUUCAUAAAAGAGAUUUCAAGUCUCAUGCGUUUACAGCAUUGGAAUCUUGUGGAAAUUAGACGUUAUUGCAGGAGGCGAGCAAAGAUUUUCAUAUUCUGGCCCAUACCAAAUGGAAGCCAGGUCAAAAUGAUAAUUGAGAAGAUGAAGUGGUGGUGCACAAAGACAUCAAAUCCAGCAUCGUUUUGUUGGAUUUUGAACAUAAUGGCAAUCGGGGGGAUUUCGGGCUCGCUCGUUUAUAUGAACACACGGGAGAAGCACAAACCACUCGUGGUGGGUACUUUUGGGUACAUCGUAGCAGAGCUCCUAAAUACAGGGAAGGCUGAUCCUAGCGUAGAUGUCUUCAGCUUUGGCAUCUUAAUGUUGAAGGUUGCCCGUGGGAGGAGGCCUAUGUAUCCCUCUCUCAAUGUUUCCCAGAUAGUAAUGAUGGAGUGGGUGAGAAAGUUGCAUGCCAAAGGUAGGCUCAAGAAUGCAGCUGAUCUCAAUCAUGGUGGUGAAUACAUUGAAGAUGAGAUGGAGAAUAUGCUCAAAUUGGGACUGAUGCAGUUUAAUUCUAGUUCUAGAUUUAUUGUGGUGUGCGCGUACAUAUCCACUAUAGUGCACUCCAACAUAACCAGCCACCACAGAACUAAUGGAGUCAAAUCCUAUGAUGUCUGCUUGAAACAACGUUGA